UGCAGUAGAGCAGGAGCAGUGGAGAGAGCUGUGAGAGAACACUGACACUAACACUAACUCAUAGACAGUGAGAGAUGAUGAGGCAGGUUAGACUGUGGCACAUGUGUGUGGUGAUUGUGGUGAGUUUGGGGAGUGUAGAGUGUUCUCAUUACAUCGAGCCACUCAUGGCCAUGAAGGAUGGCGACAUCAUCAUCGGGGGACUCUUCCCAGUGCACGAGAGUGUUAACAUUAAGGAAGGUGAGGACGGAAGGCCUUCUAAACGAAAUUGCACCAGGUAUAGCGUGGCACGCUUGCUUCAGGCUCUGGUGCUGGUUGAAGCAGUGGAGACUGUGAACCGCUCGCCUCUGCUAGGUAACCUGACACUGGGCUACCACAUAGUGGACACCUGUUCAGACGUCACCACCGCAGUGGCAGUAACCCACAGAUACCUGGACGACUUCAACUCGGUCUGUUCACAGGAGGAAGACAUGGACAAAUCCAGCAGCGAGAGCAGUCCGGCCAACCACGACAGCAGACCGGGCCCCGGGCAUUUUCGAUCCCACCAUGUGGUCGUGGGAGGGUACCACUCAGAAAUCUCCAUCGCUGUGGCUAGACAGCUGUCCAUCAAGCAAAUCCCGCAGAUCAGUUAUGGCUCCACUACGGGGAUUCUGAGUGACAAAUCUCGCUUCCCAGCCUUCAUGCGGACAGUACCAGAGGACAACUAUCAGGCUCAGGCCAUCGUUGACAUCCUGGUGGGCCACGGCUGGGACUGGGUUGGUCUGGUGACCACUGAUGGGGACUACGGCCGUUACGCUGCCCAGCGCUUCCAGCUGCAUGCGGAGAAACAGGGGAUCUGCAUCUCCUUCAGCGUGGUGCUCCCGGACAUCCUCGACGACACCGAGCUCAAAGACGGCAUCCGCAGCACAGUGCGCCACUUGGAGGACAAUCCGAAAGUCCGCGCUGUGGUGUCCUUCGCUAAGCCCGACCACAUGAUGUACAUCAUGCAGGAGCUGACUGACAAUGCCACAGGUCGUGUCUGGAUCGCCAGUGAUAACUGGGCCACGUCCAGUCGUGUGCUCCUUAACCGCAACCUCAGUGAUGUCGGGACUAUCGUCGGGGUCACCUUGAAAUCAGCAGACACAACGCGGUUCCAGACGUACUUGGACGGUCUGGAUCCUGACCCGGCUGCUCACCAGAACAACACCAUACUGCGGCAGUACCUGUGGUCGGAGGGCAAGGACAUGACCCAGCCAGAGCUGGGAGCAGCGCUGAAGAAGAAGAUCUACCCAUACGCCGUGUUCAGCGUGGGGCUGGCUGUCAGAGCCAUAGCCAGGGCCGUGGCUAACCUCUGUGCAAACAGAGACUGCAGAGGGGGCAACAACUUUAAGCCGUGGGAGCUGAAGCAUGCCUUGAGGACUGCUACCUUUGAAAUAGAUGGAGACUCAUACAGAUUCAAUGAGCAUGGUGACAUUAAUUCUGGAUAUGACCUUGUACUCUGGAGGAACCAAGAUGGUGAGGUGGACGUACAUGACAUCGUGGCUAAGUACGACAUCAGCUCUCGCCAGUUGUACUUUGUGGGAGAUGGCAAAGAGAAGGUCUUCAGUCAAACAGGAAAUGUAACAUCCAGGUGUUCUGCCAACUGUCAACCAGGAUAUAGAAAGGUGUCCCAAAAUGAAAGGCCUGUUUGCUGCUUUGAAUGCACCAAAUGCAGCAAUAACACCUACAACAAUGGAACAAAUGUAGAAGACUGUAUGAAAUGUAAAGCUGACCAAUGGUCUGAAGAGGGCAGCAGCAGGUGUCUGGACAAAAAGAUUGUGUUUUUUGGUUGGAAAGACAACUUUGCAAUCGUCUUGUUGUCGUUUGCUGCGCUGGGCGUGCUCCUGACCCUGGUGGUGCUGGUGCUGUUUCUGGCCCAGUGGUCCACGCCCGUUGUGAGGGCAUCUGUCGGGCCCAUCUCCCUCCUGCUCCUCAUCUCUCUGCUUGGCACCUUCGUCAGCGCCGUGCUCUUCGUGGGCAGGCCCAACAACCCCCAGUGCCAGGCACGCCAGGUGCUCUUUGGCCUCAGCUUCACCCUGUGCGUCUCCUGCAUCCUGGUCAAGUCCUUGAAGAUCCUCCUGGCCUUUCAGAUUGUCCAGUCGGUAAAGCAAGUCCUGAAGCGUCUCUACCAGCCCUACCUGAUCAUUGCAUUCUGUAUGUGUUACCAGGUGGCCAUCUGCACUGUCUGGCUCAUUUUAAAUCCUCCCUUAGCCGAACUGGAAGACCUCGGACAUGAUCAGAUCAUUCUGCAGUGUAACGAGGGCUCCUUCCUCUUCUUUGGCCUCAUGCUGGCGUACAUCGGCCUCCUAGGCCUGAUCGGAUUGGUCAUCGCCUUUAAGGGGCGGAAGCUGCCAAACUGCUACAAUGAGGCCAAGUUCAUCAGCUUCAGCAUGGUCAUCUACCUCAUCUGCUGGGUGGUGUUCGGGCCCGUCUACGCCCAGGCACAGGCGGGCGUGUACCUUCCGGCGGUGGAGAUGGUCGUGAUCCUCAUCUCCGCCUACACGGUCCUCAGCUGCCACUUCAUGCCCAAGUGCUACAUCAUCUGCUUCAAGAGCCACAGCAACACGCACGAGGUGUUCCGCCGGAAGCUGUGGGAUUUCAUCCGCCGCAAGGAUGAUGACACCGAGCAACGGCGCCACUCGGAGUCUCAGAGCGUCUCCUCCGACACCUCGCUGACCAGCUCCCGGAGCAACUCCCUCUGUAGCACUCUCAGCGGCUCCCUGAGUGGAUCGGAGCCCUCGCUGACGGCAAAGGAUGAGAAGGCUGAACUAGGACGGAUGUCUCCAGUAUUCAUCCUGCCUCAGAUGCCUGAUUUGCCGCUACCACAACCACCAGAAUCGCACAACAGCUCCUCCAAUCCAAGCACCCUGAGCUCAGAGGGCUGACCUAACGUCUAACAUGAUCUGCCGGUGUCAGCCAGGAAGGGCUUGAAAAAACCAGCAAACAAGCCAACUUCUACAGUCUACGUACCUGAACUUAUGGGAGAUAUUACAGAGUUUUGUUCCUUACUGUUGUUUGCACUGAAUAUAGUUUUAAUCCCCUUUCCUUCUCAUUAACCCUUAAAG